GAUACGUUGCGAGCGCACCGCUAGGUGCCACCGUGCAGCGCCGCGCAGACCAGACCCGAGCCGAGCCAUGGAGCCGAUACUGGGGCCCGACGACGACGACGGCGGGCGGCCGCGCGUCAUGGAGGCGCCGGCGUCGCCGCCCCCGCACGCCACCGUGUACGGCCGCGUGCGCGCCUGGCUGCUGCCCGCCAGCGGCGCCCCGCAGCCCGGCUGUCAGAUGGGCGGCGCCGACGCCACCCACAAGGUUGAAAAUGUCCGGAUGCUGGAUAGGUACAACACCCGAAAACCGUCAGUGGGAACACUAUACCUUACAGCGACCCAUCUUAUAUUCGUCGAUCCUGAUGGCAAGAAAGAGACUUGGAUCCUUCACAACCAUAUAGCAACGGUGGAGAAACUGCCACUUACAACAACUGGGUCACCAUUGCAGAUAAGAUGUAAAACUUUCCUGUCAGUAACAUUUGUUGUGCCCAAGGAAAGAGACUGUCAUGAAAUUUACUGCACAUUACAGAAACUCUCAUUGCCUGUUCACAUUGAAGACCUGUACUGCUUUCACUAUACGUCCAGUACAGAAGACAUUCCAAAACAAGCAGGAUGGAACUUUUUUGACUUACAGUCAGAGUAUCAACGCAUGAGGGUGCCUAAUGACCAGUGGAGUCUAACGUUGCUCAACAAAGACUAUGAGGUGUGUGAUACCUAUCCACGAUCUCUGUACGUGCCAGCAUCAGCGUCUACUUCAAUGCUAAUUGGUAGCUCCAAGUUCAGAAGCAAAGGUCGGCUCCCAGUGCUCACGUAUCUUCACCAUAACAAGGCUGCCAUUUGUCGAUGCAGUCAACCGCUUUCAGGCUUCAGUGCACGCUGUCUCGAGGAUGAACAAUUGCUCAACUCCAUUCUGAGAACAAAUCCCAACUCGUCUUACAUGUGUGUUGUGGACACGAGGCCCAGGAUUAAUGCUAUGGCUAACCGAGCUGCAGGAAAAGGGUAUGAAAAUGAAAACAACUAUGAGAAUAUCAAAUUCCAUUUCUUUGGAAUUGACAAUAUACAUGUUAUGAGGAGUAGCCUGGUUAAACUAAUUGAAACUUGUGAGCUGAAAGCUCCUUCAAUGGGCAGCUUUUUGGGUGGUAUAGAGUCCUCAGGUUGGCUGAGACACGUGAAGGCAGUUCUAGAAACAUCUCUGUUUAUUGCGGAAGCUGUGGAAUCUGGAGUGAGUGUGGUAGUACAUUGUUCAGAUGGAUGGGACAGGACAGCCCAGGUGUGCUCACUUGCUGGAAUCUUCCUUGAUCCGUAUUACCGCACCAUCCAAGGUUUUCAGGCACUGAUUGAAAAAGAUUGGCUAGCAUUUGGUCAUAAGUUCACUGAGAGGUGUGCACAUAUUGCAGGAGAAGUGAAAGAGGUGUCACCUGUUUUCACGCAGUUGAUUGACUGUGUGUGGCAGCUCACUCAGCAGUUUCCGACUACAUUUCAGUUCAAUGAAAGGUUUCUGCUAACAUUACAUGAUCAUGUCCACUCAUGUCAGUUUGGAACAUUUAUUGGGAAUUGUGAAAAGGACAGGUUGGAUCUGAGGCUGAGUGAGAGAACAUAUUCUCUUUGGGGCUAUAUGGCAAAUCAUAUGAACGAGUACAUUAAUCCACUCUACUGUUCAGAAGGGACGUCUGAUAUGCUUUCUCCAAAUUUGGCACCACAAAAUAUACGGUUUUGGAGAGGAAUGUACUGUCGCUUUGAAAGUGGUGUCCACCCACGUGAACCAUUGGGUGAUUUGUUGUUGGCCACUUGUGAUCAUAGUGCUUCUCUUGAGGAUCACAUAAAACAGCUUAACAAGAGGAUCAACUCAUUGAAAGACCAGUUGGCAGAAAUGAAAGUAAGAAAUGUGAGAACUGUACCUGAUGGGAGUGAUGUUCUUGACAACAAAUACCUCUAUGAAAAUUGUGGAGGAUUGGAACCUACUAAGGAGAGUACAGAGAAACUUGCUAUUAACAAUGUUCCCAAUACUGCUAAAAGUAAAGAAGUUCUCACAGUUGAUCAGUUAGCAGAAGAAUUAAAUUCAGUUGCUCUGGACUGGAAGACACUGCGGAAUAUAAGGGAAUGUGUGUGUUCAACUCCAUUUGAUCAUUUUAGCAGAAAGUACCAUUGUUGGAGAUGUGGCGAUGUUUACUGCACACGCUGCAUAGAUAAACACACGUCACUUCCUGGGCAUAUGUCACAACGUGCUGUACCUGUUUGCAAGCCUUGUUACCGUCUGCUGCGUCGUUCCUCAUCUGUAGAGUCACCAUGAUGCGGUGACCCUGUUACAAGGGCAUCAUGUGACCACAGUCCACCUGACGAUGCUGCUUAUGCUCCAUGCCUGGGACUGCCAGUCCCUGCUUCCUUGCUGGCAGCAAUUCUCAGUGCUCAGCACUCAGCCAGCCUCUUCUAGUGUGUGAACUGCAAAUCGGAUUUGCUCAUCAUCGUUUCGUGGAUAGUGAUAUGACUCUGCUAUUCUUUGAAUGAACAAAGAUUAGCUCAGGCAGACCUGAUACUUCUGCUUGUGUUAACAGUGUAAUGAAGAUUGAGACUACAAUUAUAUGAUUCCCAGUAUGACAUUAAUGUUGCAGAUUGUGAUCAGGUCUGUUUAGUUCGUAUUGCAACUAUAAAGGUAAAGUUAUGAUGAUUUAUAAAUGGAUACAAAAGACUUGUGCAGGUUUGUUAAUGAGAGAACCUUAACUGUUCCAAAGUCCUGAGUUUACAUGAUUUAUAGCUGUCUGCAUAUUCUUUUUAUAGGUGCUCUCAAAAAAACAUUUCAGCAUUGAUCAGACAUUAUGCUUUGUUUAUGUUAAUCACACCAUGUUGCCUUGCAAAUAAAGUGUAAUAAUUGAUUAUUGCUUUUAGAUUACAGAUGUACAGAUUAAAAAAGAGGAAAAUAUGGUAGGAAAACCAAUUAAUCAUGUGGAAUAUAUCAAAAUGAAUUAUUUGUAUAGUGUAUAAUAUUAUCUUCAGGAAGGAAAACCAUCAGCCUCUCCAGUGUUUGUUUGAUGAGCGGAACUAUGGAAUGCUUCUAGUGUCAGUGACUGAUAUGCCAAUGAAUGGAUUGCUAUUCUAGCCAUCCUGUGAUGCACUCUUUCUUUUUUUGACUGACUGUUUUUUCCAGUCUUCAUAAGUGAAUUACUAGGGUUGUGUUUAAACAUUUCGUGCUAUUAUGAAGUGGAGUAUUGACAGCAAGAUUUUGUAAUAAUUUCUGAGUGUCUGAAACUCUGUUGGAGAAAAAGCAAUUCCGAUUUCUAACUUCAUAUUGCGUUUUAUUUUUUAUGAAUUUUUAAAACACUGGGUUAGAUUAAUCUGCCAUCAUGUCCUUGCUGUGAUAUUUAUUGCUGUUGCUUUUAAUUAUGAGCUCUAAAGAUACAUGAUGAAUGAAUUUUACUUGCUAUUUUAUUCAAAAUUUGUAGAGGUUUACAUUGGACUUCAGAAUGAAAUGACUGAAUCAGCCAUGUAUAAUGUUCACAAAUAUAUUUAUUGACCUUAGUUUUGUUAUCUGAGAAUAAUGUGAAAAUAAAUAUAGUUAGUGGGUCACUUAAAAAAAAGUAGCAUAUACAUUUAAUUAUGUCCCUAUAGAAAUACUGCUAAUACAGUCUAUAGUAUGAUCUUUGUAUUAUGGGAAAGCAGAAAGUAACCUCUUAACCACCGUGUUGUUACCUGUAAUACUUAACAAAGAAAUGGGCUUUCAUCUCUUGCUAGUCAUAUCUAUGUUUAUGUAAAGCACUCAGAUAAAAACAAUUUGAAUCAUACAUCUAAGAAAGCUGUGCAGAUGAGGUACAAAAGCUACUCAGGUUUUCCAGUUAAAAUUGAUUUAAUUUUUUCUUGCAGAUACCCAAUAUAAAGAAAACAUAUAAUGAAGUGGUAGCAGAUAAUGUAGGAAGAUGAAAAAGAUAAAUGAAAUGUUGAACAUUGUGGUAGUGGUGAUAGGCAGGUGAAGUUUCAUUACUCUCGGAAGUCUAAAUAUUUCCAUUUAUUAGUUUUCAUGUCCAGAUUUUUUUCUGUUUUAAAAAAGAAAAAAAUAGAAAAAUGGUGGACAAAGCAAUGGCUUAUACAUUUUGUGUACAAAAUAGAAUAAAGCUAAAUGAUACAGUGAUAAAGAAGAUUACAAAUUGAUGUCAGUGCAUGAAAAUGAGUCUUUAUAGCAAUUAGUAUGUUUCAUUCAUAUUCUUUGGCAAAUACACUCAUAAUUUUGCUAUUUUUGUAACAAAUAUCACUGAGAGAUGGAAAAUUUUUUGUAACUUCAGAAUCAAGGAAACUGCACUUACAUUCACACGGGAAGCUAAUUUCUCAUUUGUUAAAUUUAAUUAUAUAAGUACAGAAGAAGUGAUAAACAUGUUCAUCUGUUUUGUAACAACAUAUGAUGGAAGUGGAAGUAAAUACAGAUAUGACAGUAUUUGCUUCUCACACGUGGCAGGUUUUUGAGUCCUAUGGUCAACAUAACUUUUUCCUUAAUGAAAAGCCACUAUAAACUACAAAGUGAAAUGACAUAAAUAAGACAUCAACAACGCUGUCUGUUGUCUUUUAGAGCUACUAAAAUGACUUACAGUAGUAGUUGUUAAAGAUACAGUUUGUUCUCUUGCAGUUAAUAUUGUGUUUAUUAUGGCUUCUUGAACACACAUAAUUCCCAAGUGGCAGGUGUCAUUGACAAUAAUAAACACUUUCUGCUAUAUGUUAUCACAUUGUAUUAGCAUGUGCCUGAAUUUUGGGUUUGAAUCCAAGCUGUUUUCUACUCUUAACACUUUCCCAGUUGUCUUUAUCAGCAGUUGUGCAACAUAAUGUGCUUGCGACAUCUGACAAAAAUGAAUAGGGAAGUUGUGGAAAUGUUGUGUAAAGAGAAAGAGACAACUUGGCUACAAACCCAAGAAAGCAUGAAGGAUCAAGUCUGUAGGAUAACUGAAAACAUUUCAGCUUAUGUAAUGUGGAAGACUUUACCAAUUUCAUUGUUAAACAGAAGUUUUGUAUGGAUGUGUUUGCUAGGGAACUGUGAUCUACUCAUUAUGUUUUAUAUUCCUUAUUGCACAAAAUCUGCAACUGCCAACCUUGUAGUUUAACAAGUAUCAUUUUCUUGUAAAAACUAGUAGCCAUACAGUAUAACUGUUUGUUCCACUUUGCACCUUAGAGAUUUGCUUUCCUUUUUGUAACGAGUGACCUCCCAUUAUAGCUCUUCUUGUGGUUCCAUUGCAUGGUGAGUAUCAGUGUGUGUGACCUUACUAAAAUCAUGAAAGUAGCUGGCUUCAUUAAUAUUUACUUUUAUAUUUUUAAUGGAAAGGGGAUGACACAUGCAAAAAUAUUUGUGAGGAAGCAUGCUUUGUUGGGUGUUUUUUGGAAGAUGUGAUCUUCGAAUGCUCAUGGAAGCUUAACUGUGUCUUUGUGAACUUGCUGCUCUGCACAGCUCAAAGGAUUGUCCUGUUCUAUUUACUGGUAACUUUUUGUUGCUUUUGUGUUAGUUGUUAGAAGCUAGUCAUUUCAACAGUGUCAAGUGCAAGAUGGUGUGAUUUAUCUGAACGAUUACAACAAGGUGAUGGCUAUAAAGAAUGAAGAACUUUUGUUAGUAGUGUCACGUAUUCUGUUUGAUAAGUAAUUUUGGUAUUUGUGAGUUACCGUUUGCAAAGUAAUUGCUUGCUGGCAGCAAUCUACACAGGGCUAUGACCAAAUUUAUCAAACAAAUCCACUGACAAUGUUGUAACGUGCAAUAAGCACAAGUAAAUCAAAGUAACACUCUUGUACCCAAUGCAGCAUUAACACAUUUGGUAGUGGUCACUUUUAAAUUACAAUGAAGUUUUCUUUCAAACAACGAAGUGCAAUAUAACUUUUGCUCACGUAAUACAAAAACAACUAUAGAUAAAUAAAGGAUGAGACAGGCCAUGCGCUCGUAAUAGUAAAUUUACACUGUGCUGGACAGUGGUUAGCUAUAAUAAAUAUUCCGGGACAACAUGACAAAUCAGUUACAAGAGAGGUGAGGGGGGGGGGGGGAGGGGAGGGGGGCGGCUGGGGGGGGGGGGGGUGUUGGUGCUUUUAUCGUCUCUCUGUAGACCGCAUCUUUUGUUUUUUAUUUACACUCCUGUGUAUCUUUAUAAAUGCUUCCGUAUUGUGAAUAAUUUUUUAUGUGAUCCAGUCUUCACUGAACUUCUAUAUGCAACACCCCCCCCCCCCCCCCCCCCCAUAAGAAUGUGCAAGGUGUUGUGUAAGUUUCCUCUACAAAAAUGUUCUCUCAUUUUAUUUAUGUUAAAGUCACUUGCUAUUGUAUGUGUAUGUGAAUUCUCAGUAACGCUGCCAAAUAAUACAGAGUGUAAAUGAACGCUUGGUUGAUUGGUAUAUGCCAUCACAAUUUUUUUUUUUACCUAGGGUCAGUAUUUGUACUGCUACUUCUACAAACACUAGUUCUGAGCAGUUUUGCAUGUGAUAUGCAGUGUAGACAUUUACUUUAGUAUCCUCAGCACUUCUGUGUUUACUUCUGCCUAAUUUUAUAUCCUGUUAGAUUAUAAACAAUUAUUUUGUUUCUCUGUAUUCCAUACUCCAUCAUAAUAAAAGAUUUCACAGUUUGCAUGUACAACUCUGAAUGCCAGGAGAGCUUAUGAGAAACACUUCACAAAGAGGAGUUUUGCAGCUAUACAGUUUCAUUUAUGUGAAAUGUUUUGUUCUUCUUUACCUUUAAACUGAGCGCAGGAGGUUUUCCACAAAAAUGGAAUUUAGUAUUCUGAUAGUAUUCUGAAGCUCGCCAAAGUUGACAAAUUUGGGAAAAAAAAAUACUCAAUGAAGUAUGCUUUUCUGUAAACAUUUCCAUGUAUGCCAUACUCAUUUCAAACAAAAUACAAAAUUGCAUGAAAGGUCCUUGGGCAUUGCAUUGGAUGCUGUCACAGAAACUGCACGGUACUUUAAUGAGGCAGCUGCAUGUUAUCUGUGAUGGUUACUGCUUGGAGUUGUAGUGGUGAGCCAUUACAGUUCUGCACAGUUGCCCUUGAGGGUGAUAAGCAGCUCCCUCUUUAAGAAAUUAUGAAAUUCUCCUGAUGAUAUCCAGUGCAAUGCCCAAGAAUUUUUCAAGCAGUUAUUGUGCUAGGAAAGUCUCAAACAGUACAAAAUAUAAAAUAUGAAAAUGAAUGUGUGAAAUGAAAGGUAUUAUCACAAAUGCAAUAUUGUGUAAUGUGUUAAUGUUUAUCAUGCAAUAAAGCCAUAAGACAAAUGCAAAGCUGACAGUUAUGUUUACAGAAUUGGUAAUUUGUGUGUGUGUGUGUGUGUGUGUGUGUGUGUGUGUGUGUGCGUGUGUGUGUGUGUGUGUGUGUGUGUGUGUGUGUCUUGUAUAAAAAUAUGAAUUCAUUUGUCCUUUCCUCCAAAGUGUUGUCAAAGAUAAUAUAAUGUAAUGAUUCCUGCUAUUUAUAAGUAGUAUAUCUUCAGAAGAUGACAGAGCUAAACACUCAAAAUGAGUAGUUUUAGUAUUGUUUUCUUUUUGCAGAGUAGUUACUGUGGCAGGUUAUAUAAGAUGGCACAAAAGAGAGAAACUGGGCAGGGAGAGGAAUUCCUAUUCAGUGCGUAUUUAAUGUUUGUGGUGUUGUUGUCGACCACUGUAAACUUUUUUCUCCUUGAGAGAUGAUCUUCUGUGCUGAUUAUAUGUUAGACUUCAUAAAUCAACUUUAGCUCUGAGUGCUUGCAGUGGGGAUUCUAAGGAUGGAACUCGUUGAAAAAAAAAUAGUGAUGUGGAUGUGAUAGUUGUUUGAUAGUAUAAAUGUGUGUCAGUUCAAGUCCACGUGAUUUUACUGUACUUAAGUGACAUAUUUAAUGCCUUUUUGUAGGCAUUUCUUACCCUUGUCUGUCUAUGUGUGACUAAAUUGAAGAUGAUGUAUGCAGUUGUAUCUCAGAAUAAAAAUGUCAAGUAUUGUCA